UGAUCUCGGCGCGCCAGCCAUCGGGGGCCAGUUAGUCGGGUCCUCGUUCGUUCGCUCGCGAGAUUGCGGGAUGACAAAGGUCGCUAUGGAAAUCCCAUGGCAUGGCUUCGUGGGCACUGCUCUAUGGACGCUUGUCGUUUCCUGCUGCUUGGCAGUUUCCCUGCCACAGAUCAGCAGUUGGUGGUCCGGAGCAACUCCAUGCAGUGCAGUUCCAGAGUGUGUGGAGAAGGUGUCCAAUGCGUACCCUCAGAGCUAUCAUGCGUUCGUGGCAGUGGGCCUUGGCGUUGUAUUGUUACGAGAGGGAACUUUGCUGCUGGUGUCUGUGGCAGAUCAGCUGAUGAUGAAGCCGGCUUCGAAGAAAAGGUCUCUCUCACAUCGCCUCGAAUUCAAGGACUUCUUGGCACAGUAUCUGCUUUGUAUGCUCCUGAGCUCUUUGACAGCUUUUGAGACAUAUUUGGCAUCUACAUCUGUGCCACUCGUGCAUGUUCUGCAAGAUGCCGUGGUUCCAGUCUACACUGUCAGAUACAUCGAAUGGUUGGUGGACGUGCCAUUGCUGAUGAUCCUUACGUGUUGUGGCGCCUUGGGGCGGCCUUUGUCGCAGGCUCUUGGACCUAUCGUGGCCACCAACUGCUACAUCAUCGCUUCCUGGGCCGCGCUCUUCGUGGGUGAUGCAUGUGUUCGGAACACCGUGAUCACUGCGAUUCUUGUGGCUUACGCCUGGGCAUCUGAGAGGAUGAUCCAGUGGGUCAAGGAUUUUCUUCGCGAGUCACAAGAUGUCCCAUGCCGAAACACACGAGUUGCUUCAGUGAUCCUGCUGAUCGUGGUGUUUGGUAUCUAUGGCAUAAUCUACGUUUCAGGUGUUGCUGGAUUGAUCAGCUUCGAGAUGGAACAUCUGGGCUACACCUUCAUGGGCUUCAGUUGCAAGGUGACUCUGAGCAUCCUUUUCGCCUCCAUCCGGGCCUAUCAGAACCAUCAGGUCUUGGCAAGGCUGGUUGGGAAACUUCGCGGAGUCAGCGUGGCGUUUGUGUCGCUCUUGCGGGGCAGCUUUGAUCAUGUGGUGCCGUGCGCAGUGAGUCCUGAUGGAAUGUGUCAUCUUCCAGAACGCGGCAGUCGGGACUUUCAAGACCUUGAGCGCUUCUUGGGGAAGACGAUGGAAGAGUCAAACAAUUUCAAUGACUUGUUGGACAAAGACGAUCGGGAACGUUUUACGAACUACGUGAAGAACGCAGUUCGUCAAAAAGAUCAGUCGUUCCAGCAGAUGGAUGCCGGAAGCAUCGCAAGUCAACCACCGGUGGCACAUGCACUGCACAUCUCUUUGCAGAGAGAUGCGGUUCUAGUCCAUCUGUCCUUGGUCCCCGACGGUGGAGAGAGCGACCGCAGGGGCAAUCGCCUUGCGGCCUUCUUGGCCCUGCAAAUCACAUCUCAGGAGUCUGAAUGGCCAAUGGACCACGGCCAGAUGAGGGACGUGGAGGACAAGGUCACAGACGUUCCCUACUCCAGCGGUACACCAUCCACGGAUGAUGUCUCAACGGAAGGACACGAGGGUCAAAGGAUCAGUUUGUCUGGCACCAGAGAUACUGAAGAUGAGUUGUCAGCGACGAUCUCCUUGGGCGAAGCUGCAAAGAGGAGCAAUGUGGGAAAGAACAUUUCCAACAAUAAGCGUCGCAAGCGCGAUGCGAAGCUCCUAGUGAAGAUCCUGCAACGUCGCUUGAGGCGAAAGUCAAAAAAGGACUCCGAGGGCUGUGAGACUCCGGUGGCUGACCUUCCGGGUUGCCCGGGGCGAGUUCCAAGAGACCGCCAGAGCGACUGCAUGAGUCGUAUGAGUGACAAGACCAACAUCCAAAAGGUGUCCUUCACUUGCGGCGGCUCGGAUGUUCUCUCCCAGUCGUCCAAGAUGUCUGCUGCGAACAGCGUGAUGAUGGCUUGCCGCCAGCUCUUGGGACCGCUUCAUGAUGCGUUGCCACCCUCAGGGUACAUGAGCCGUCGUGUGGAGGACCACUUGCAGUGCUCGGCCGAGAUGGUGCAGUUGAAGGCUUCUUGUGAAAUCUCCAGGCAUUCUCAGAAGCAAAAGAUGGACGAGUGGAAGCGACGCCACGACGCGCAUCAGCUCAGCGUCAUGCUUGAAAAAAGUGGCGCACCCGGUUGUGGUCUUCCCGAGCAGCUCUGGCGCUCGGAGGUGCUCGAAAAUUUGAACGAGUCGCAUCCCGGUUUGCCUGAUAUGGCACCAAGGAGAAAUAACAAGCGGUCGACCGACACCCAGGAAUCCGCAAAGAGGCAAAAGACCGAUGAGGCUGAGGCUGAGGACGAAGAAGUAGAGGAGGCGGAAGGAGAGGAACCUCAACCCGAAGAUGAGGCGAAAGAGGCAGAGGUCGGUGAAGCGAAGGAAGCUGCCGCCCAGGAGGAGGAAGUCGUCGACCAAAAAGCCGAAGACACUAAGGGCCCAGUGCCUCGACUGAUGAUUCGGCAAAUUGUCUUGGAAAACUUCAAAUCAUAUGGCGGUGUCAAGGUGAUUGGCCCUUUCCACAAGAGUUUUUCUUCUAUCGUCGGGCCAAAUGGAAGUGGGAAGUCCAAUACCAUUGAUGCCUUGCUCUUCGUUUUUGGCAAGCGAGCAAAGAAGAUGCGGCUCAACAAGGUGUCUGAGCUCAUCCAUUCCUCAAAUGCGAUGCCGAACCUCAACAGUGCCAAGGUGGAGGUCACCUUUCAAGACAUCGUGGACACAGGCGAUGGACCUGAAGAUUAUGAGGUGGUCAAAGGCUCUGUUCUCACCGUGACUCGAGAGGCCUUCCGCAACAACCAGUCCAAAUACUACGUGGAUGGCAAGACCAGCAACUUUACCGAGGUGGUCCAGCUGCUUCGGAAGCGCGGGGUGGAUUUGGAUCACAACCGCUUCCUGAUCCUGCAAGGCGAGGUUGAGCAGAUCUCCUUAAUGAAGCCGAAGGCACAGUCGGUGCAUGAAGAUGGUCUUCUGGAAUAUUUGGAGGACAUCAUUGGCUCAAACCGAUUGUUGGAGCCCAUCGAGCAGGCCGACGGCAUCGUGGAAAAACUCACCGAACAGCGACAGGAGAAACUGAAUCGACUGCGAGUCGCAGAACGCGAAAAAGAGGCGUUGGAUGGACCGCGAAAAGAAGCAGAAACUUGGGUCUCGGGCGAAGCCGAACGACUGGAAUUGCAGUCCCUACUGGCUCAGUCGCAAGUUCGGAAAAGUCAGGGCAACUUGGGAUCUCUGGAGGAUGAACACAAGGUGCUCCAGGGACAUAUGAAGGAGCACAAGAAAAAGAUGGAGACGUUCGAGAAAGAGGUGAAGGGCAUUGAAGCAGAGCACAACAACCACUUGAAGGACUACAACAGCAUCAAGGGUAAAAUGGAAAAGAAAGCGGAGGAGUUUAAGGAGUUCGAACGACAGGACGUGAAGUACACUGAAGACAUUGCCUUUCAAGAGCAGAAGAUCCAGAAAUUGUCGCAGGCUUCGGAAGAAGAGCAGGAACGCGCCAAGCAGUUGAUCAAGGACGCUGAGAAGCUCCGCAACGAUGCCCCCGUCCGGGAGCAGGAACUGGAAAGCACCGAACGUUUCCGAGCGAGUCAAGCAGCGAAGCUGGAGAAGCUCUACGAGGGGCUCAAGGGAAAAGCUGAGAAGCUCCGACCCGCCAAGGAGGCGAAGGAGAAGGAAUUGGUGCCUUUGCAGAAGAAGUUGACUGAGGUCAAACAGGUGGUCGAAGUGGCUCAGGCGGAAGCAGGUUUUCUGCGCAAGAAGCAGGUGGAGGUCACAGAGCAAAUUGGUCAGCUCAAAAAAGAGAGCGGCGAAUGUCGUGAACAGCUCGGCAAGCGCGAACAGGAGCAAAAGGAUGCCACAAAGAUGUUGAAGGAACGGCGGAAGCUGGUGGCAGAUGCCAAGGAGCGGGUGACCCAGGUGACUUCUCAACUCCAGGAGGUCACAAAGGAAGUGCAACAGGCCCGCACAAAGGCAGAGGAAGCCAAAGGCGAGUUCGAGCAGGAACGUUCCCGUGGGCAUCUCUUUACAGCGGUCAUGGCGGAGUCCAAGGCUGGACGCUUGAAUGGCGUUUACGGACGCCUUGGCGACCUCGGAACCAUCAACAAGAAAUACGAUGUGGCGGUCUCCACGGCCUGUGGGAUGCUGAACGCCAUCGUGGUGGAAAGCACCGAGGACGCCCAGGCGGUCAUCGAAUUCAUCCGACGCCAGGACUUAGGCCGAGCCACCUGCAUUUGUAUGCAGAAGAUUCAGGAAAAUGUGCAGAGCUCAGAUCCCGGUGACUGUUCCUGUAGGUUGGCAGGUGGUCUCAUUGACACCAGUGGCACCAUGUCAGGAGGUGGUGGCAAGGUGGCCAGUGGUGGCAUGAGGGCGUCCUCUCGCUAUUCGCAAGAGGAGGUGAAAAAGUUGUUGCAGGCCUUCGAAGAGGCCAACGGCCGACUCCUGGCGAUUCGUCAGGAGCGCGAGGCCCUUGAGGAAGCCUUGCGACAGACGGACAAAGAGAUCUCAGAGCUGGAGCUGAAAGAGCAGAAAUGUGCCAUGGACGUCAAUGCCCUCAAGAAGCAGGCUGAGACCUAUGACUCACGUCUGAAAGGGAUGAAGGUGCCCCAGCUGUCGGCGGAUGAAAAAUCCAAGAUCAAACAGCUCGAAAAGUUGAUCGAGAGCCGAUCAGAUGAGCUGAAGAAUAUCAUGGAAAAACACCAGGCGGUCGAAGAAGAGGUCAGGGAUUUGCACAACCAGAUUAUGAACCUGGGAGGCGACGAAAUGAAGCAAGCGAAAGCCAAGUUGGAGGAGUGUACCAAAAAGUGCGAAGACUUGCGAAGACAAUGCAAAAAGGCAUUGCUAGAUGCUGACAACAUGGUGAAAAACUCUAAGAAGGCGGAAGCUAAUGCCAAACAGGCCAAAGAGGAGCACAAGGCAGCUGAGAAAGCCUUGAAGAAGUUGAAGGAUGAACAUGCGAAGUUGGACGACAAAGCGGAGGUUGUCCUCACUGAGUACAACAAAUUGAAGGACUCCCUAAGCGAGAAAGAUGCCUUGCUCAACGACCUGCGCGAGCGACGCGACGAGGUCAUUCAGAAGGCGAGUGCGCUCAAGAGCCAAGAAGUGGAUCUGGUGAAUGAGAUGGAGGUGAAGACUCGAACUCUCCGGGAGUUGCACGGUCGCAUCGCGGCCUGGACCAACAAGCUGCAGGAGGCAAGGAAAGACUAUGCGCAACUGCCUUUGGAUUUCCUGAAAGAGCUGAGGGAACAAGAAGCUUCUGUCUCCAAAUUGGAGGAGAUGUCCAGGAAAGCCAUCACGGUGGAACUUUCAGAGAAGGAGCUGAACAAGGUGUCUGCUGAGGAUGUUGAGGAAAGGAUGACAGGCUUGGAAGCCAACAUCAAGAACCUGAAGCCCAACCUGGGUGCCAUCGAGGAAUUCCGUCGCGCGGACGGCGAGCAUCGGACGCGCCUGGCGGAGUAUGAACAGGUCCACAAUGACCGCGAGGAUGCCCGGAGGAAGUUGGAACAACUUCGGCAGCAAAGGAUGAAGGAGUUCAUGGAAGGCUUCUCCGUGAUCUCCAUGAAACUGAAGGAGAUGUACCAGAUGAUCACCUUGGGAGGUGACGCUGAACUCGAACUCGUGGAUACCUUGGACCCCUUCAACGAGGGCAUUCACUUCAGCGUACGACCUCCCAAGAAGAGUUGGAAGCAGAUCACCAACCUGUCGGGUGGCGAAAAGACCUUGGCAUCGCUGUCCUUGGUUUUCGCCUUGCACCACUACAGGCCGACACCUCUGUAUUUUAUGGAUGAGAUUGACGCGGCGUUGGAUUUUCGCAACGUCUCAAUUAUUGCGAAUUACAUCAAGGAACGAACGAAAAAUGCUCAGUUCAUUGUGAUCUCACUGCGAAAUCACAUGCAACUUGCCUGGAGCGUUGCAUUUUUCGAAAUGCUGCAAUGA